GCCUCCUUAGUCACUGCCUCGUUCUUUCUACUCGUGGAAUUCUUGUGAGAAGCGAGUACAUAUAUUUGAGGGUUCGCAUUGUAGAAAGGGAAAAUAGAAAGUUAUCAUUGCAAUAUUCAACUACUUCUUGUGUUCGAUACAUACAAACCAUUACUUCCAGUUCUCCGUCACACACAUCAUCACUUUCCAAAUAAACUACAACCACAAAAGGAAAAGAAAAGGAAAAUCAUAAUCGAAAAAAUGCAUUUCCUCAUCUUAGGUGCAUCUGGUAGAACAGGAAGUCUUGUACUUGCUGAAGCUCUCUCACAAAACCACACCGUCACCGCACUGGCACGCAACCCCUCUUCCAUCCCCGCCGCCCCCGGCCUCACAAUCAUCAAAGGCACACCAACCUCUACCACCGAUCUCACCAGCGCUUUUACCAGCGGAUCCAAAAUCGACGCUGUUCUCGUAACCCUCGCAUCUAGUCGCGCCUCAGAUUCCCCCUUCGCAGCAUCGACAUCUCCACCUGAUUUCCUCAAAAAUGUCAUCGCGACAGUGACGCAAUCAAUGGCUGCUCAUGGUGUUGAGAAAAUAGUCUACAUGUCUGCUUUUGGAGUGGGUUCUUCGAAUGGCGCGCUUUGGUUACCGAUGCGUUUGCUGAUUAAUAAUUCGACGAUGGGGAAGGUGGGAUUUCAGGAUCAUGCUGCGGCGGAGGAGGUGUUGAAGGCUUCGGGUUUGGAGUAUAGUGUUGUGAGAAGUGCGAUGUUGAAGGAGGGAGAGAAGAAGAGUGUUGUGGAGUAUGGGGCUGAGGGGAAGGGAAUGGGUCAUUUGCCGGGUUGUACGAGGAAGAGUGUUGCGGGAUACAUGGUGGAGUUGGCGGAAAGACAGAAGUGGGAGAAUAAGGUGGCGGUUAUCUGUAAUUAGGGAGUUAUAGGUGAUUGGAAGUAUGGGAAGUGUGAUUGCAGGGUUAAUGAAUGGAUGAUACAAUAGCAUGGGCGGAGCCAUCAGGUGUGGGGGAAUUUAGAUCAGUUAGACAGUUUUGCCUUUUGCUUUUGGUGCGUAAGAAGAUAUCCGUUGUUUUAAUAAUCUAUUCGUUGCUCAUUAUUUACAUAAACUCGAAGACACCUCCAGAUAUGGUUUGGUGAACUUGUUAUGCCAAUUUGUUAUUCAACCCCCUCG